AUGGGAGGCAAGGGGAAAGGAAAGAAGGGGGAUGGCAUUGGGCAGCCGCUGCCACCAUGGAUGAGGAAGGGCGGGAAGAAAGGAGGCGGGAAAGGCGGAGGUGGCAAAGGCGGGAAAGCCGGCUUCGGCGGUUUCGGCAUGGGCAUGGGGAUGCCUGGUAUGGGAAGAAUGCCUCCCUUCGGCAUGCAGAUGCCUUUCAACAUGAUGACGCCGUUCGGAAGCCCCAUGGGCAACAUGCCCAUGAUGCAGCCCAUGAUGCCAAUGCAGUUUCCAAUGCAGCCGCCCAUGCCACAGAUGCAGCAGAUGAUGCCAGCAAUGCAGCAGCAGGACAUGUCAAUGCAACAACCUGGCUUUGGAAUGCAGCCUGGCCCUAUGCAAUCUGGGCCUAUGCAGAGCCCGAUGCCUGGCUCUGUGUCAGGGCCGCGCUCGUUCGGCGCAGAACCCGAGCGAAGGAUAGUACAGCGAGGGCUGAGCAAGAAAGAGGAGCUGCAACCUCGGAGCUCCAGCCCAGCAGAGGAGGAGGCCCAGGUGCUGAGGGAGCCCAGGCUUGAAGCUCGGAGCCCCCGCAAGGAGAUCAUCAACACGGGUCCGCCGCCCCCUCUGCCGCCGCCUUUGCCAGACGGCACGCGGCAAGUGCUGGUGACGAUCCCUAGGCCAUUGACUGCUUCAUCUGAUGGGCUUGACGACGGCACAGUGAAGAUCCCAGAGUUCAACGUCACCAUCGACUUGCCGGAUUGGUACUCUGAGGCGCAGGAGGAGCUGGCAAAGCCGCCGCCCUCGUGGCCCCCGCAGGUUGUCAUUGGGGUGGAGCAGCAGGAGGAGGGCACUGGUGGCAUGGAGGGUGUUGCAGAAAGUGGGCUACCGGGUCGCCGAGCCAGUGCAGACACCAGGGCGAGCAUGGAGACACAAUGGAGGACGAUGGUCAACCAAAGCUAUCCAAGCUUCAAGCGGCAAUGCAGGCACGUCAAAGGGCCGAGGAGGAGGUGA